UGCGAUUGGACAGGCCCGCCGCCACUCACAGCUUGCAGCAGCUAUGCUACCGCUCGGCGCCGCCCGGGGCUCCAGGGCUGUGGGCGCUGCUUUACGGAGCUCGGGGACCCCUGGGCUCUUCAGUUGGAGCUGCUGCCCUAGCCUUCCUCGUGGAGGCAGUGUUCCCCACAGGAACCAUGGCACAGUGGGAGCUGGCGGUAGCCCAAGAGACUCAGGCAUGGACCACGUGGAGAGGGGCUCUCAAGCAGGUGCAGACCACACCGGGCAGCCCAAGACCUCCCUGUCCAGCGGGGGCCCCUCAGAACCCUUUGACCCUCUGCCACCUGAGCUCCAGCCCCCCACAAACUGCUGCAUGAGUGGCUGCCCCAACUGCGUGUGGGUGGAGUAUGCAGAAGCACUGCUGCGGCGCUACCAAGAUGGGGGGGAGCGAGCCCUGGCUGCGCUGGAGGAGCAUGUAGCUGAUGAGAACCUCAAGGCCUUCCUCAGGAUGGAGAUCCGGCUCCAUGCACGUGGGAACUGAGCCAGCCUGCCUGAGACGCCCUCACUCUGGACAGAGACACCAACCUGGCAGCUCCUGUUCAGGAAGCAGCAGCAAUGGCCACUUUUGGUCACAACCAAUUUUUU